AUGUCGCUCGCUUUCAGCGCCGAUCACGUACGUCCGUCUGUUGAGCUGAGCCCCCAGUUCAUCGAGUAGUAUCCGGCGCGGCCGGAUUUCGUCCAGGGAGUUCGCUCGCCCGUACAUAUGCGCGUUCCAGCUCCAACCCAAACCCCAGCUCCAACUCCACCAGCCCCCAGCUCCGGUCCCGAAGUCGAUGGAGGGGGGUCGUUGGUUGAGCCCCCCCUGCGACGCCCCCAGAAGCGGGGGUUUCAUCCAACACUUCACUUCACUUUCCUUCCCUUCCCUUCCCUUCCCUUCCCGCUUGCAUCGCGCGUGCCCCCCACGCCCAGCCCUGGCCGUAGUCGUAAAUCCUCCCGUCGCUCUGUCACACCAAGUGCCCCGUCGCUUCACCACUCCGUCGCUUCAUCUCCACCACCACCAAAACCCCGUCCGCCACCACCCCCACCACCAUCCUCAAGUAACGGGAAAGACACCAACAUGUUCCGUUCCGUGUGGCCGUGUGGCCGUGGGGGGUCGCCGUCGCGAAACAGUAGAGUGGUACCUAGAAUAGUAGACAUGCCAUGCCAUGCCAUGCCAUGCCACAGCCCUAGAAGAUGAAGAUGAAGAUGUGACAUAACCGGUACCUAGCUGGUUAGUAAGAGUAGAGUGCCGUGCUUGUACUGUACCGUAGAUACACCACCACCACCACCACCACCACCAAGCCCAGCCCGGCCCGGUCCAGUCCAGUCGGCUAUCAACUUAUCAAGGUGACGUCGCUCUGUACUGUAGGUAGUUGCACGUCGGGUGUAAUCGGGUCGGGUGCGGCCGGAUUGGCGUGGCUGUCUUGGCUGUCUUGCCUUGUCUUGGUGGUGGGACGGAGGAAGUGAGGGGCGCGCGCGGGUGGGUGGGCGGAGUGGGGGGAGGUCGGGCAAGC